CUUUCCUGCCUGAGCUUAAAUUCCAGCUGUAGUGCUGAGGUGAACAUGCUUACAGGUCAACAGCGCAACAGCAGACUUUCAGUGGCUUACUGCGAGAUAUUUUCGGCCCUCAGGUCCAGCUCACACAGUUCUUAUUUUAUUAGCAUAACUCCUGGUAUGUAAGAUGCUCAUUUGGGCUUCGCUCUGUGACUAUUAUCUGAAACCUGCCCGCAGGAAGCCAGGGAGGCUGCCAAGACAUCAUCAGGGGCAUGAAGCCCCAAAUAAUGUUAAAAAAACUUCAAAGAUACUCUGAUAUAAUUUAUCAGUCUAAUAAAUGCUGUUAUCUACCAAGAACAUUUGAAGGAACCGCAAACAAGGCGCAUUUUAUUUGUGAUUUAGCCAUGCUAAAUUUUAGUUAGUGUGCUGAGCUACUGUAGGGAACAGGGAAGAGCAUGAGUGAAGGUCUCUGAAGGAUCUGAACAUCAGUGGCAGGGUUAUAUGAGGCUACAGACCGCGGUGCCUGAACCACUGCACCAGUUCCAAACUCCAGGUCACCAUACAGUUCUAUAAUUUAAAGUAGCUAUCGGUGAUCUGUUAUGAGUUAUGAACUCUGUACCGUUCUGCUUUGAGUGAGGAGGUUUAUUUAUAUUUUUAUUUUGCUUUUGGCACAUUUAUGAAAUGGAGAGUUUGUCACUAUUAAAGUGUGCACAAAGAGCAACAAUGAAAAAACAAAACUGAGUGUUGCUGUUCUGGCACAGAAAGUCCCAUAAAUUUCAACUCUCACUCCUGGAAAUGGAUGAAUGAGUUCCACUCAAAACCAUAUCCUUUAUGUGGUCCUGUUCCCCCGCAUAAACAGGACAGGAGAUCUCAGGAUCUCACCUUUGAUUUUAACAGCAUUUCUGCACCACAUGUCUUUGAUAUAAAAGCUGCUCAAUGUAUCACCUUAGAUCUGUAUUCAAGGUUUGUUUCAGGUCAUUUUAAAAUAUUUGUGAACAAGUCAAAUUUUCUAGGCCACACCACCACCUGAGUGUACAGGGUGCAGAGUGAAUAUACCUCUGCUUUCACCCUCUUUUUCAUCUCCUCCAGCCCUCCCCCACACACACACUCUUCCCACACUUGUGUGGAUUAAAAGCUAAAAAGGGCUGAGAAGUCAAAGCCUGUCAGUCCUUCCAAGCCUUCUCUUUCUUUCACUUGUUAUCUCUCCCCAGCUCUCUGUCAAUCUCUUUCUUUUUUUUUUUUUUUACCAACCUGAACUCUGGUUCAGGAUUGCACCUCUUCUCACACACCGUCCCUUGCUCUGUGGUUUGGGGUAGGUCCCAGUCCAAAACAGGAAUAGGAACAAGAACUAAAGCAAGACUACACAACUGGAAAUGAGGAGAUUCUCCAGUGUUGUUUUUGAGGAACUUGGAUGCAGGAGGAGAUAAUUUGCUUUUCUCUUAAAACUUUUCAUACUGUUUGGAUUGCCUAUGAUAUUUUCUCCCAACGAAAGAACACAGAUAACUUUUCCUGCUGUAUGCUUCUGUACACUCAAUAUACCUGGAGUUUGGGUGGUGCUAGUCAACGACAGGCUCCGACACUGACAUGGCUCCUAAGUAGGAAAGCUGCUCACAGUGAUGACUUGGGGUCGUCUCGUCACCUGUCCAGCUUUGGACUAGAGGCCUGCUGAGUGCCGAGAGAGACAGUCUUGCCCACGAAGACAAACUCAUUGUCACAUUAAUCACCAUAAACCGUGCACUCCUCCUCUGUGUCUAAAGCAUCAGAAUAGCUGUGUGAAGAAAUGGCAAAUCAUAGAGACCCUCGCUUUCUGCACAACCUGUCCUACCACCCACGAUGGCAGCACGACUCAGUUAAAAUGAAGAGAAAAAGACCUAUGCGCACAAUAGCUACAAAGAGUUGUAGUGGGUAUAGUCUGUUUAAAUCAAUAGCAGCUUCAUCAUCGUUGUCAUUGUCAUCAAAACCACAGUUGCCAUCAUCCCCUGUGCAACGCUCCAGGAGCUGGUGGGGGAACUGGUUUCUUCUGCCCUUACUUAUGGUCUCAUUUCUGCCCUGUCAAGCCUGGGCAACCACUUUCAAGGUGGCGUUAGUUGGACCCUGGACAUGUGACCUCUUAUACUCAAAAGCCCUCCCUGACUUGGCAGCCCGCCUUGCCACCACCCGCAUAAACAAGGACCCCUACCUCAACAAAGGCUACUGGUAUGACUACACGUUGAUCAAUGAGGACUGCAAGUCCUCCCGUGCACUUGCGCGCUUUGCUGAGCUAGAAGGUUAUGGUGCUGCUUUCUUGGGCCCUGCCAACCCAGGCUACUGCUCCUCAGCUGCUUUGUAUGCAAAAGAGUGGGAUGCUGGGAUUCUUUCUUGGGCUUGCCUCAAACCCAACAUGAAAAAAGGACCGAUGUAUCCCACUUUUCUGCGCCCGCUGCCACUGUCCUCCCAUGUACUUUUCACUGUGUUGAGGUUCUUUCGUUGGGCCCAUGUAGCCAUAAUCUCAGAGGAGACAGAUGUGUGGGAAGCCACAGGACAGGAGCUGGCCUCGUCACUGAGGGCCCUUGGCCUGCCUGUCAGACCUGUGGUCACUAUGACGGGUGAUAAGGACGGGCCACGAAGAGCCUUGACCAAAGUGCGGGAAACAGACCGAGUUAGAGUGGUCAUUAUGUGCAUGCCUUCUGUCCUGCUUGGUGGUCAGUCUCAGUACCAACUUCUAACAACAGCCUUGGCCAUGCGUAUGAUUGACCGUGGCUAUAUCUUCAUCCCCUAUGACGCCCUCCUCUAUGCACUACCCUACAAGAAUGCACACUACUAUUCACUAGGCAAUGACACCAAGCUGCGGAAAGCUUUCGACGGGGUCCUCACCAUCACUAUGGACUCUGGAGAACGCAAUUUCCACGAGGCCUUCAGAGAUGCUCAGAAUAGCUAUGAAAUCCGCAGCAGCACUCCACCUGAGGAGGUUUCUCCAUUUUUUGGCACCAUCUACAACAUGAUGUACUACACAGCUAUGGCUGCUGAGCAGGGCCGUGCCAGUGGAGGCCGUUGGGUAUCUGGUCAGAUCCUGGGUGACAGCCAGGGAGGCUUUGAGUUUGAAGGCUUCAAUCAGCCCUUGAGGGCUGGCAGGAACGGUAAAGGCAUGCAGGCUCGCUAUGUAGUGCUGGACUACAGUGGCAUGGGCACAUCUCUCUACUCCACUCACGUUCUGGAGGCCACUCACACAGACGGUUCUACUGGGGGCUUGAAAUAUCUUGGCCGUUCAAUCCAUUUCGCAGGCAGUACUCCCUACACAGACUCAAGCUGCUGGUUUAGCCCCUACUUUGCCUGUAGUGGAGGCUUGGAUACAGUCACUCUCUUCUUUCUUUUCCUUUUCUUCAUUUCACUGGCCGGAAUUGCAAUUAAUGUCUUUAUUCAUUUCAAGAAACAUGGCCGAGUUGGAUUCAACUUUGGAGAAGGUAGCAGUGGAUCCACAAAGGUAGUCCUGACCCUGGAUGACCUGAUCUUCAUCAACACUCAAAUCAGCAAGCGGAGGCUCAAUGAUGAAAGUAUCUUGAGAAGUCAGCUGGAUAUGAAGACGCCUCACCACUCAGUGUCUGGCCGCAGCUACUUGGCCUCCACACCAGACAGCUCCAAUGUUGCCGUGUUUGAGGGUGACUGGGUUUGGUUAAAGAAAUGCCCCAGUGGAGCAGUAUCAGGCGUCAACAGCAGCACAGAGUAUGUCUUUGUCAAGCUUAGAGACAUGAGGCAUGAGAAUAUCAAUCUGUUCCUGGGACUGUUCUUCGACUCUGGGAUUUUUGGUGUAGUGACCGAGCACUGCUCCAGGGGCAGCUUGGAGGAUCUUCUCAGCAAUGAAGAAGUGCGUCUUGACUGGAUGUUCAAGUCUUCCCUGUUAAUGGAUCUGAUUCGAGCAAUGAAGUAUCUGCACAAUCGUGAAAUCAUCCAUGGACGCCUGAAAUCCCGUAACUGUGUGGUAGACGGACGCUUUGUGUUGAAGGUGACAGAUUAUGGGUUCAAUGAGAUUUUGUCUUUCCAGAACAUUGACAUUGAAGACGAAAAACCUGAGGAUUUGCUUUGGACGGCACCUGAGCUGCUGCGAAAUACUGCUUUGAGGAAGAAGGGCACUUUCUUGGGAGAUGUCUACAGCUUCUCCAUCGUUGCACAGGAGGUCAUCAGUCGCUCUUCACCUUUCUGCAUGCUGGACAUGCCUCCCAAGGAGAUUAUCAGCAAGGUCAAAGAGCCUCCUCCGUUGUGUCGGCCCAUUAUGUCAGUAGACGAGGCUCCGGUAGAUGUGAUACAGGUUUUGAAACAGGCCUGGAGUGAAGAGCCUGAGAGGAGACCCACCUUUGAGGAGAUCUUCAAACAGUUCAAGAACAUCACCAAGGGGAAGAAGAUCAACAUUAUCGACUCCAUGCUGCGCAUGCUGGAGCAGUACUCAUCCAACUUGGAGGAUCUGAUUAGGGAGCGGACAGAGGAGCUGGAGGUGGAGAGACAGAAGACAGACAAACUGGUGGCUGCAAUGUUGCCUAAGUCUGUGGCCCAGGCGCUGAAGACAGGCAAACCCGUCAAACCUGAGCAUUUCAAUGAGGUCACACUGUACUUCAGUGACAUUGUGGGCUUCACCACAAUCUCAGCUCUCAGCGAACCCAUUGAGGUGGUCGACUUACUCAACGACCUCUACACACUCUUUGAUGCCAUCAUUGGACUGCAUGAUGUAUACAAAGUAGAAACUAUUGGAGAUGCCUACAUGGUAGCCUCAGGAGUCCCCAAUAGGAAUGGCAACCGUCAUGCAGCUGAGAUGGCCAAUAUGUCUCUGGACAUUCUUCACUGCAUUGGGACCUUCAAGAUGAGGCACAUGCCUGAACUCAAAGUCAGGAUCCGUAUUGGCCUGCACUCUGGCCCAGUGGUAGCAGGAGUGGUGGGUCUUACGAUGCCUCGGUACUGUCUUUUUGGGGACACUGUCAACACAGCAUCUCGAAUGGAAUCCACGGGCUUGCCUUACAGAAUCCAUGUGAACCAAAGCACGGUUGAUGUCCUGAACAGCUUGAAGUUGGGAUACAAGAUUCAAGUCAGAGGCAUGACAGAGUUAAAGGGAAAAGGAAUUGAGAACACAUAUUGGUUGGUAGGAAGGGAGGAUUUCAACAAACCUCUGCCUAUACCUCCUGACCUUCAAGGGGGAAGCAACCAUGGUAUAGCUUUAGAGGAGAUACCUGUUGACAGAAGACAAAAAUUCCUGGAUCGACAGAAGAAGAUGGGCUAACCUGGUGUUAAUGACAUUUUUCAGAAAAGAGGGGUGUGCGAUUGAAAAGCUGAACACUGCAACAUUCAACAAAAAUCUAACAUAUUUGUGCUACGCCAAAAUGAAAGCUAAAUGAUCCAGUAGUGACAGGAGAAUUCCCACUUUUCAAAUUUGUUGAAAUCUUUUCUAUACUAUCAUUCAUAGGUUUAUUAAACACCAGCUCCCAAACAAGAGGCAACUGUUCAAUUUGAUGUUUUUUAUACUGAAGCUGAAGAAGACAUACAUCAUAAUAUGCAUACCAAGAGUUUAGAAGGCAGCAAUCAUCUAACACGAAUGGAUUGUAAUUGAUGUAGCCACGAGAAUGAUCACAGUAUCAUUUGUAAUACUGGUGUACUUCCUGUACUGUAUGUAUUCGUACUGAUCUUUUUGGGCUUUGUAGAGAUACUGGAGACAUGUUAUCAUGAACACCCCUCCAUACUGCCCUCAUCAUGUGUGUAAUAGAGCCUUGCUAAACUCACUUAAGAAUCAUUAGUCUGUUAUAACAAAACAGAAUUCAUUCAUUCAUUCUCUAUACCGCUUAUCUGUCAGGGUCACGGGGGGCUGGAGCCUAUCCCAGCUGACUAUAGACGAGAGGUGGGGUUCACCCUGG